CGGAAAAUCUCUGAACCGAGUUUCGGCCCGUCUUUCCCCUGGAGGCCCUCGGUGGGCGCCCUGUGGGCCUGGGUGAAGAUGGCCUGUGCAGCCGCACGGUCCCCGGCCGACCAAGACAGGUUCAUUUGUAUCUAUCCUGCUUAUUUAAAUAACAAGAAGACCAUCGCAGAGGGGAGGCGAAUCCCCAUAAGUAAGGCUGUUGAAAAUCCUACAGCUACUGAGAUUCAAGAUGUGUGCUCAGCAGUUGGACUUAAUGUAUUCCUUGAGAAAAAUAAAAUGUACUCUAGAGAGUGGAAUCGUGAUGUUCAGUACAGGGGCAGAGUCCGUGUCCAGCUGAAACAGGAAGACGGCAGCCUCUGUCUUGUACAGUUCCCAUCACGUAAGUCAGUAAUGUUGUAUGUAGCAGAAAUGAUACCUAAACUAAAAACAAGGACACAAAAAACAGGAGGUGGUGACCAAAGUCUUCAGCAAGGAGAGGGAAGUAAAAAAGGGAAAGGAAAGAAGAAGAAGUGACCAGAUUUGAGAGCCAAGUCUGUGGUGCUACUGUGAGAGAUAGUGAAUGAAGGCUUCUAACUUAUAUCUUAGAGAAAUGGAAGCUUUUUAUUUGCAUCAUUUAACCGAACUGUGGACAUCUCUGCCUCCCAGCUUCAGCAUCAGAGUUGACAAUGAAAUAAAUUUACAUCAGAAAUUUGCAUCUAGCUCUUAUGCAUG